UGAGGCAGUCUCUGAAAGUACAUCAGCUCUCUUCCUCAAGUAGACGCAUUUAAAAACCGAAAGCCGUCGAGAGAAACACGCGCACGUUGUGGAUGAGACUUACGGGAAAGCAGCGCAGGAACGUGUCAGCAUGAGCCAGUGGAAGCAGAUCCAGCAGCUGGAGAUCAGGCUCCUGGAGCAGGUGGACUACCUGUACGAUGAUAACUUCCCCAUGGACAUCCGACAGGGACUGGCCAGCUGGAUCGAGUCCCAGGACUGGGAGACGGCGGUCAACGAUGAGUCGAUGGCAGCGGUGAUGUUCAGCAACCUGCUGUCCCAGUUGGAAAAGGUCCGUUCACAGGAGCAGAACUUCCUGCAAAGACACAACAUGAAAAUCAUACAACAGCAGCUACAGCUGAAAUAUUCCUCCAGCCCUGCCAUCAUGGCCAGAGUCAUUUCCACCUGCCUCAGGGAAGAGCGCCGUAUUCUCUCCAGCGCCUGCGCGCAGGAACAGGGACCACUGGAGAAGUCCCUGCAGAGUUCAGUGGCCUUCGAGAGGCAGAAGAACAUGGACAACAGAGUUGGGAUCAUCCGGGGCAGCGUGCAGUUGAUGGACCAGGCUGUGAAAAACAUUGAAGACAUACAAGACGACUUUGAUUUUCGCUACAAGACGCUACAGUCUCGUGAAUCAUCAGACAGGAACUCAGACAUGAUGAAACAGGAAGUAACACGACUACAAGAUAUGCUUAACAGGCUUGACUUUAAGAGGAAGGAGAUACUGUCAAAGAUGGGGGUUGUGAUCAAAGAGAUUGAUGACCUCGUGACUUCUCAGCUAAGUCCCGAACUGCAGGACUGGAAACGCAGGCAGCAGAUCGCUGCCAUAGGUGGCCCGCUGCUAACCGGUCUGGAGCAGCUGCAGAGUUGGUUUACUUUGACGGCACAGAGCCUUUUCCAGAUCAAACGUCAGCUGGACAAACUGGGGGAGUUGGUUGUGAAGGUCACCUAUGAGAGUGACCCAAUACCGCUCCAAAAACCUCAGCUGGAAGAGCGGGUCAAAUACCUCAUCUACCAUCUCAUCAGGAGUUCAUUUGUGGUGGAGAAGCAGCCGUGCAUGCCCACACAUCCACAGAAACCCCUCAUCAUCAAGACUGGAGUACAGUUCACCACAAAAGUCAGACUUCUGGUCAAAUUACCAGAAGUAGAUUAUCAGCUGAAAGUGAAGACCACAUUUGACAAGGACCUCCCCUCGGGCAGAGUAAGUCGUCAGUUUUUCAUCCUGACCAACAAUACUAAAGUCAUGGAUAUUGAGGACUAUUCAAAUGGGUGUCUCUCCGUGGAGUUUAGACACCUGCAGCUCAAGGAGAAGAAAUACAUCAAUGGCACGAAGGGGAAUGAGGGCCUGCUCUCUGUGACGGAAGAACUUCACUCCCUCAGUUUUGAGGCUUGCUUUAUGGUGCAGGGCCUCAACAUCGAUCUGGAGACAUGUUCCUUGCCGCUAGUGGUGAUUUCCAAUGUGAGCCAGCUACCUGGAGGCUGGGCAUCCAUCAUGUGGUAUAACCUCCUGACUGAUGAGCCGAGGAACUUGGCGUUCUUUGGGAACCCUGCCCGGGCCAACUGGAGCCAGCUCUCGGAGGUCCUCAGCUGGCAGUUCUCCACCUUUGCUGGCCGAGGCCUCAACAAAGACCAGCUUUCCAUGCUGGGAGAAAAGCUUUUGGGUCAACAUUCAUCCUGUGGUGAUUAUCAAGUCUCCUGGUCUAAGUUUUCUAAGGAGAAUAUUCUAGGAAAACCCUUCAGUUUCUGGAUGUGGCUGGACUCAAUCCUGGAGCUCAUCAAAAAGCACCUGCUGCCAGUCUGGAAUGAAAACUACAUCAUGGGCUUUGUGAGUAAGGAGAUGGAGCGCGCUCUGCUGAAAGACAGAGAGCCAGGGACCUUCCUUUUACGCUUCAGUGAGAGCCACCUGGGAGGAAUCACUUUCACGUGGGUGGAGCACAGUGAGAAUGGUGAAAUCAAGUUCAACUCAGUGGAGCCCUACACUAAAAACCGACUCAGCGCUCUCCCGUUUGCCGACAUCAUACGAGACUACAAAGUGAUCUCUGAUGGGGUUGUCCCGGAAAACCCGCUCAAGUUCCUUUACCCUGACAUUCCCAAAAACGAUGCAUUCGGACGCCUCUACAACAGUCAGCCCAGCAAAGUGCACCCAUACAUACCAUCCACCCUUAUCCCCAUCUCAGAACUGCGCUCAAAUGCGAGUGCCACACCACCUUCUUGUCAGUCUCCUGAGCCCCCAAUGACUCCUGGGGAGUUCGACAUGCUCAAUGAGCAUCUGUGCUUCGACAUUGACACUUUCUCUCACUUCCUCAAUAGAGUCCCACACCCCUUCAAAGUCGUCCUUGUAAGCAUUCUGUGUGAGUGGAUUCCUGACUGUUUUUCACUUUAUUUGAAAACGACAACAGCCACGAGGCGAGGACAGAUGGCUCAGUGGCAGCAGCUGCUGCAGCUGGACUCUGCUCUCCAGAAGAGGAUCAUUCAGCUGUAUGAGGGCAGGUUUCCCAGAGAGAUCCGCCACUGGCUGUGUGUGUGCAUCGAGAGCCAGGACUGGGAUUCUGCAUCUGUGGAUGAAAAUAGAGCGAUGGCCUGUUUUUAUGCCCUCCUGCAUGAUUUGGAGGGGCAGUUAAAGCGUUCUGUGCAAGAGAACAUCAUAUUGCAGGGACCAAACUUUUCAGGGAUGCAGGAGUAUUUGGUGAAACAAUUUGAAGACAAGCCAGUGAAUUUGGCCAUGCUUCUUUCUGAAUGCAUAAAGGAGGAAAAGAAAAUCCUCGCUUCAGUCACUGCAACACAGGCCUACAGCGAUCAAGGAAUGCAGCAAAAUUGGAGGGAGUUGGACAACAAAGUCACUGAACUGAAAGGGCAGAUUUCGGAUUUAAAGAAGGGAAUCAAGACACUGGAGGGUCGGAAUGAAAACCUUGACUUUAUACAGAAGACCUGGCAAACCACAGUGGAGCAGAAUGCCAGACUGACUCAGUCUCAGGCGGUUAUGGAAGAGGAGUGUCGGAAACAGGCGAUCUUCAUUGCACAAACACAGGAGAAUGUGCUGCAGCAGCUAGUGAAUGUUUUAAAUCCGGCAGCCCAGAUUGUGUCGACCCUCACUGAUGUGGAGCUGCCAGAGUGGAAGCGGAGACAGCAGCUAGCCUGCAUCGGAAGUCCAACGGACACCUGCCUCUCCAACCUUGAGAAGUGGUUUACAACUAUCACUGAGGUGCUAUUUGCGGUGCGCGAACAACUGCAGAAACUGCAAGACCAGAACAACAAAUACAGCAGCUCUAACGCCUGCAGCCUCAAUAAUUCUCUUCCAGAGAUUGAGAUAUUUACUCUCUCCUUGAUAACGAAUCUUCUCACAAAUGCUCUGGUGGUUGAGAAGCAGCCCGCCAUGCAGAGCUUGCCACACCGACCUCUGAUACUGAAGACCGGGGUGCGCAUCAAAGCGACAAUAAGGUUCUUGGCAAACCUUCCUGAUUUCAAGUACAUCCUCAAGGUCAAACCUGUAUUUAACAAGGAUGUUGAAGCGACUAUGGCAACCAAUGGGUUUCGCCUCUUUGAUUUCACCAGAGAUAACAGUAAAGUGAUGGAUGUGGACACACCAGUUGGAGGCUUGAUGGCAGAAUUUGGUCACAUGUCACUCAAGGAAAGAAAAGCAAAAACUAAAGGUUCAUGUGAGAAUUAUCUGGGAGUCACAGAGGAGCUCCACAUCAUACGGUUUGAGACGGUGUUGCAGCACGCUGGACAGAAAUAUAACAUUAAUGCCAGCUCCCUGCCUGUGGUUGUUAUCUCUGCUAGCAGUCAGGUGUCCAGCGCCUGGGCCUCCGUCAUGUGGUGGAACAUGUUCACCAGCGAGUCGGUGAUAAAUCCACUCACUUCAUCACAGCAAAACCUGUUGCUGUUUGCGGAUCCUCCUCCGCUCACGUGGCAGCAGCUGUCGCAGCUUCUGAGCUGGCAGUUUUUGUCCGCCGGCCAGCGAGAGCUCGAUGAGGACCAGCUCUCAAUGCUGAGAUGCAGAUUUGUUGAUGGGGCUGAGGACCUGGUGCACUGGAGCAAGUUCUCAAAGGAUGAAAGUACCUGGAUUUGGAUCGAUGCCAUUUUAGAUCUGAUCAAGAAACACUUGGCUGAUCAUUGGAGGGAUGGAUUAAUUAUGGGGUUCAUUAGCAGACAAAAAACAAAGCUCCUGUUGAAGAGCAAAGAAACUGGGACCUUUCUGCUCCGCUUCAGCGAGACCAACAAAGACGGCGCUAUCACCUUCAGCUGGGUUGAUCAUUCCAAUGAAGAGACUCGUGUGCACGCAGUGGAGCCCUUCACCAAGCAGGAGCUGUCAUCGCUCUCUCUGGCUGACACUAUCAACACGUACACUCUCACAACACAGGGAAAGAGCAAUUAUCCUCUGCUCUAUCUUUACCCUGACAUCCCCAAGGACACUGCCUUUGGACACUACUACAAAUGUCCAGAACCACCAGCUACUAAGAAGAAACAACGUGAAUACCUCCCAAGAACACCAGCUGUUAUAUCAGUUGAUCCUACACCACCUUCAUCUCCACCCAAAGACAUGGAUGUGGACCCAAGCUUUGACCUAAAUAAUGACCAGAGCCCAACGCUACAGGAGUUAUUAGAUGACCCUGACAUAAUGUGGCCAUCAUAUCUAGAAACUCCUCAGCUGCAACUGUCACCUCAAGCUGGUUCUCCUGAACGUUUAUUCUUCUAAUAUGUGAUGGGUCACAGACUGAGCACUUAGGUUUAUAAAAUGCAGGGACUGCCUUUUUAUAUUAUUUAAAGGUGCAGUAAUGUAUACUGUAGAUGAAGCAAGCAUGAUUAAAAAGAAAUCAUAGUCACAAAUGAAUCUAGAGAAAGCAAGUUGCUUGAUUUUACAGUACAAUAUUGCUUGACAUUGUUCACUAUGUAAAAGCAUUUUAUAAUUGCAAUUUAUUUGAUAUUGGUGGUGUUUCUCCAUCAUGUUUCUCUACAAUUGUUUUGCUGUUUUUUUGCUGUGUUCUUUUGUA